AUGGAGCUUCAACACUUCAGCCAUGAGCAUCCAUUAAUCUUUACAGAAGAGUAUGGCAAGGACUAUGUGGACGACGACAAUGACAAUGAGCACCCCGAACACCCUCUUACCCUUUCUUGGAUUCCUCAAGAACCUCUCUUGUUUCACAGAUGCCAUUUCUGUAAAGCAUAUUGGAUUGGCUUUGCAUACAGCUGUUCAGUCUGCAAUUUUGACAACGAUAUAAUAUGUGCUCAAAAGCCGCAAAUUAUCAAACAUACAAGUCACAAACACCCGAUGACACCUCUGCUGAGGACAAUGUUGUUCUCUUGUGAUGCUUGUGGCCUCGAACAUGAAGACAUGUCUUAUCUAUGCCACACUUGCCAAUUCUGGAUCCACGAGAGUUGUGCUUCAUUGCCAAACACCGUCAAACACUUUGAUCAUGAUCACCCUCUCACGCUUUGCUACUCUUUUCCUCGGGAGUUUGACAACUUCGUGUUUUGUUGUGACAUUUGCUCCGAAUACCUCGACAAAGCUUGCUGGAUUUAUUCUUGUGUUGGAUGCAGAUGCUAUGGCCACUUGAACUGUGCAAUUGCUGCAACUGCAGCAUCACAAGAAGAGCAAUUUCGGUUGGUUUGGCCUCGGCCCCUUCUGUUUUGGAUCAGGAGGCAGAGAUGGAACUUCAAGAUAUUGAGAUCAGUCCUAUUCCCUUUCCAAUUGUCCAAUGACCAUUACACCCAAAACACCUGCUCACUCUCCUCACACAAGACCCUUCUGGUUUUGGGGUCUUCAGGUGUGGAACUUGUCCAUUUCUUUGCAAUGGAUUUACCUACAAGUGUACCACUUGCACAUUCAACCUCAAUGCCACGUGUGGUUCCUUACUGGGCGCUAUCAGACACGAAGCUCACAAAGCACCACCUCCUACCCGAAAAUUUUCCUUGGGCGUGCAAUGCUUGUCAUGUAUGCUCUCCUCUGUUGACAUUUGGAUGUGAAACUUGCGGUUUCAACCUGCACAUCCGUUGUGCUUUGUGGCUGCGUACAAUUAGGCACAGAUAUGACGAACACCCUUAUAGUCUAAACUAUGUUCCGGUGAAAGACCAUCUGGCUGAGUAUUACUGUGAAGUUUGCUGUUACAAACUAAACCCGAAAAACUGGUUCUAUCACUGUGAUGAAUGUGACCAAUCUAUUCAUUGUGAGUGCAUUAUUAGUCUUCAUGAUGAACUUUCAAAUAUCAAGUUUGGAGGAACCAUUGAAGCUGAUUGCCACUUGCACCUUGUCACUUUUGUUCAAAAAGAGACUGAUGAUAGUAGCUGUCAAAUAAUCAGAUCAGCCAGGGUCCUCUUGGCUUUGAAUGUACCCAGUGUGAUUUCAACCUGCACCCAGAAUUUGCUUUGA